CCACCGUGGUGGCAAAUUGGGAAAUAUAGUGGAUUUAACAUCUUUAAAUUGGUAGGUGUUCGAUUUGUUGACGUGUGUUUUCUUUGGGGCUGUGUUAAAUUAUACCGAUUUUUAACAAUAAGGGAAUUAAUAAUAAUAAUUACAAUGAAUUUUGUGCAGUCAAUUCCCACACACAUGGACUUUGAGGGUCAAGCCACGGCCGAAAAAUUGUCACGCAUCAUUAUAACUCUUUUCGGCGCUGUUGGUCUAGUUUGGGGCUACAUUAUUCAACAAUUUUCACAAACUGUUUACAUUCUGGGUGCUGGUUUUGUGUUAGCUGCUUUGUUGACAAUUCCCCCAUGGCCUAUGUAUCGCAGAAAGCCGCUAAAUUGGCAGCCGGCAAGAGAUGGUACUGAAGGAAGCUCAAGUGGUUCCAAGAAAGGAAAGAAGAAGUAGAAUUUAUUUCUUGUAUAUAAUUCCAAAUUAAUUCAAUCGUUUGUACCUAAUUUUUGUUGCAUUUGGCUAGGGAUGGCACACUAUUUGUCCGAUUUUUUGUACACAAUGUGAAGAAUAUCAAAUUUUAAGUGAA